ACUUUAGGCUACACUUGUACUGUAUACGUUCAUAAUCUCGAAUGUUGUUAUCGUAUUACUAGAAUAUUUGAGGGUGAACGAAUGAGAUAUACGAAAUUUAGCUGAGACAAAAAUGGCAAUUUGAAAGUCGUUAGUUUUGCUUUUCACAUUGCAUAUACUAUAUCCAUGUACAUAUGCAGGUGCAAUAAUAAGCUUAGCUAGCAUUUUGAAACAAUAUCUGUUUAUUUUACAACACAGUCACCUCUACAACGUCACUGCUGCAUUAGUAUAGUUUGUUGAAAAUACGAAAGAAACAAUAUAAUUAUCGAAUUAAUAGAAUGGAUCCAUCUAUCGGAGGUCAACCAGCACCAAAGAGAAGAAGAUUAGGAGCUGUAGCUGCAGCCAUUUCAACGCUACAGCUUGGUUUGGAUCAGAUGCCUGAUGCUUCAUCUUCAAGUGUCACAAGUUUUGUUGCCUGGUUAGUUUUUAACUUUUUCUUUAGUGGAUGGAUUAUUGAAACUUUUUUGAACAGCUACUUUAAGUGCUUAAUGAACGAUAAUGGUCAGUAUCCUGCUAAUACUGUUCAGCUUUGGAGCUUGUUUCCAGUUUCAUGCAUGAGUAUUGUUAUUGUCACAGAUUUUCUCUUCGCUAAAAAGUGGCUAAUUAUUGAGCCAAAGUCAUCCCAUACACUAAAAGUUGCAUAUCAAGUUCUCAAGUUUGCAGCCAAGCACAAGGCUCCCCUCAAUCGCAGUGCUCUCACAUACUGGGAGGAAGACAUACCUUCAAGAAUGGACCUGGGAAAGUCGAGAUAUGGUGGACCUUUCACUACAGAGCAAGUUGAAGAUGUGAAGACAGUUCUACGCCUACUUGUUAUUAGUCUGCCAUUGUGGGUGCUCUCACUUAGUGUUUCAUAUGGCCCCGUCCCUUACAUAGUGCCCUUAACAACUGAAAUAUUCCCCAAUUGGACCUCUUGCAGCAGUUAUAAUUUUUUUGCAUUUACAUACAAGAGUGAAUGGUGUGCAUUGAUUACUGCUGUACUGAAUGAGUUUGUCAUUUAUCCACUAUUAAAAGAUAAGUUGCCUAGUAUUCUGAAAAGGAUUGGUAUGGUUGCCAUCAUCAGUUUCGUUCUAAGUGUGAUUUUCCUGAUUUUGACGCUAGUUCAUCACUUCUUCAACAAUGAAAACCUUACCUUGUGGGUAGUAAGUGUUUCAUUUUAUGCAUCAAGAGGGGUACUAUACUACCUUCUAUUUUGUGCAGUUCUGGAGUUAGUUUGUGCUCAGGCUCCAUAUAACAUGAAAGGAUUUUUCACUGGCUACUUCAUGGGCUUUAUUAUCACAUCAUUUGCCAUAGGAACCUCUUUCACUGACCAUCCUCCUCAUAUAUAUUGCUCUGAUUGUAAAAACAUUAACUUGAUUUUAUUCGGAGUGAAAAGUUGUAUGAGCCUGUUUGGAUUCGUCCUGUACUGCCUCCUGGCUCGCUGGUACACGAAGAGAGUUAGAGACGAGGAAUACAAUGCACAAACUGUUGUGGAGGAGGUCUAUGAUAGAUAUCUUAAUCCAAGCAUUACUAAUUAAAAUUAAUGAUAACUACGUUUUCAUGGUGCGCAUGACAAGGAAAAUUGAAAUGACUUGAAACUUGUACUUAUAAUUAUGUUUAUAUACUAUAACUAUAGCUAUAAUUAUGAAUAUAAUUAUACUGUUUAUAUACUAGUUGCAUGGUUGCUAUAUUUAGCUCUCAAUUGUUUCCUGUAUGUCACACGUCAAGGAGGCCAUGCAUUUUCACCCUCUUAUUAUAUAUAUAGCUGUCAUUUAUAUUUCCUUGUGUUUUGUCACCACUAUUAAUGCAUGCAUGUCUCUAAUAAUAAACACAUCUUUAGCUGGACGCAUUAGAUACUCCAGCCAACAUAUUCUCACGUGCUGUACACUGGGUUUCGAAUGCGAGAUCUUUCAAAUAAAAGGUUUCUGUAUAAUUAUUUAGAUCACGAACAAAAACGAAAAAGCAUUACAACGAAAAGUAAUGUGACUUCCUCCUUGGUAACUGACUAAUCUGAACUGAGCUGCCACUUGCCUCGAAGCAGCAAUAUUAUUGAUCACGCGUUUCAGACAGGAAGUCACGUUACUUUCCGAAUACAUCUGAUGCACAAGUAUGCGAUGCUCUCUCUCUUUUAUUAUGGACUCUUGAUAAUUAUUGUGCAUUCCCCCUGAGUAGCCUUGGUUUUCACCUGAUCCAUGCCAAAGUGAGCUGCAUUGUUUUUUUGCAGCGAUGAGGUCGGCUAAUCGUUUUUAUAUACUUAUGCCUCCAGUUGGCAAAACCAGUGAUGUGAACGAUGCCAUUUCCACUUGCCUCACUCUUUCACCCUACUCUUUUUUCAGUUGUUCAUGUUUUCGGUAGGGCUGAGAUAUUGGAGCUUUGCGAUUGGAUGGAAUACUAAAAAUGCACUUUGCUGCCCUUCCCCAAAAUCCUCUUGUUCGAAUGUCUGCCCUGGUAUCAUCCUGCAUGUCUGUUUGCUGGUUGUGGAAGGGUUUAUCCUGUUAAUGGUGCAGUACUGGCUCUUUCUCUACAUCGUGGCAUACUUUGCUCAGUGUAUGGAUGAGUCGACAGGCCACAAACACUGUUAGCUAUCAGGAUGGACGUUGCUGGUGCAUAUAGGCCAGAGCUGCCAGGCUAUUGCAGAGAUCGUUUAAAGCAUAUAGGCGACGCCAGGCGUACGCAUCCACACCAGAUGGACCAGCUGCUCCUUGGGUUGUGGAGUGCCGCAUAUCUAAUACUUUGGCCUGUUAUCAGUUUGAAGAUAAUGUUAUUGUGACAGUGUUCCGAUUCUGGCGGAGUUGGAAUUUAGUGCUGUGGCUGGGCUUCUUUUCCUUUACUUCGAGCAGUUUUUUUCUGAUGUUUUGUCCCACGUUUGUUCACUCCAACCUGUACGAGGUCAUCCAUUUCUAGUAGUGCUGCAUUGACAUUGCCCUUGAGCAUUAGGUUGCUGAAUAUUCAAGUACAUAUACACAUAUGUCACCCCUUUAGUGAUAGUCGUCUUUCCAGGUUUGCUACGUGUUCUUUAUAGCUUUGCUUCGGGCAGUGGAUUUUGUAAUAGUACAGGACUGUGCAAGCUUUGAGAGCGAUGUAGUUAUAACAUCAAAGUGAGAUCAACCCAGCUGUAUAUAGUCUGUGUUUAGCUGUAUUUGUCUUUUUUGCGACCUCCUUUUUGCUCAAGCUGGUUGUGAUUGUCAAGCCUAACCCACAAAAGUCGUUUAAAACCAUCUACAAUGUUGAGUCAAGGGCUUCACCCCUCCCCCCAAGAAUGGACGUGGGAAAGUCGAGAUACAUACAAUGUAUAUAUACGCAGGAGCAGAUUAGGAGAUCGAGCGUUUUACUACGUGGAUUCUGUAUCGUCUAGCUAUGUACAAAUCACCAUGUAUAAAUUAUGCCAAACCGCUAAGUGCUGCUAACAUUAUUCAUUGUAACGUAUAGCGUGUAUAUUUCGAGGGUAUAAAUGUUCAUGAUUUUCGCUGAAGUGGUGAAUUGAAUUAGAAUUGCUUUCUUUGAGUAUGUACUAGUUUUAUUAACCCGUGAGGCACACUGCUGCGCUAUGAGUUAUAGUGGACUUGGCGUCAUAGUUUUUAGUGUUAUAUACCAGAUUACUGGCAGUUCUGCGUACGUACGUACAAGUCACGAGUGUCUUAAAAAUGGUAAUCUGGGUAGGGAAGGAGUAUGUAUGAAAUUACAUAUGUACAGACCGUAUACCCCUGAAUUGUUCAUCUAUAAAUUAUAACUAUGAUCACUAACAUUAUAGUAACAAGUAGUUGCAUGCCCUCUUUUCUUUUAUACGCCCUUGAGUGCCCAGAAACAAAUUGUUUGAGCCAUGGUAUAGGCAACAUGCACUUGUACUGUACGUUAAAUUAACUCCUCGAAUGAUAUUGCUUUUGUGUUUCUGUGUUGGUUGCUGAGAGAUAGUAUUAUAGACUGAGUAUGUAUUAGUUAUUGCUCAGCAUGCAUGAGUGCAACAUAAUGCCCGAGGGCCGCAUCCAGUGCAAUAUAUGGCAUGUUGCACGAGGACGCCUGCAAUAAUUAACUUGUUGCCCAAUGACGUCAAACUUUUCUGAUUGGUUAAGUUUUUUCUCUGUAAAUUCUAAUAAAGACACAAUUAUGUUUUUAGUGUAUUCAUGAAUUCCAUAGUAAAUUCUUAGGUUUGGUUCCCACAACUAAUGGAAAGGUAGUAGCCUAUAAAACGGACCAAAUGAGUUACUGGGUGGGAGGAUGGGGCAUAAGUCCCAAAAGUAAAUGUCUUUCUCAACAUCUACUGCAUUUACACACAGUGCAAGUGCAUAUAAUCCCAGUGCAUUAUGCCAUGAUAUAAUGUGGUAGUGAUGCAACAUGCCAUAUACAGAGCACUGGAUUGCUUUGAUCUGCCCACUCACUGCAUGGGCAACAAGUAUGUAUAAUUAUUAUACACUGAUGGAAAUUUGUUUGUUUUGCUUUUCACAUUACUUAUGUGCCCAUGUACAUGCAUAAUAAAUGCAGGUGCAUAAUACUAGCUAGCAUUUUGAAACAAUAUCUGUUUAUUUUACAACACGGUAACCUCUACAACAUCACGAGUGUAUUAGUAUAGUCUGUUGAAAAUACAAAAGAAACAGUAAAUCCAAUAUAUCACAGAAGAAUAUAAAGUCAUCAAUAGAAUGGAUCCAUCUAUCGGAGGACAACCAGGACCAAAGAGAAGAAGAUGUAAGUGCAAAUACAAAAUUAGAUGGUUUUACUCAAAAGGAGCUUUUCUUGUUCUAGUUUGGGUUUUGUUGAGUACCUUGUCAUUGUCAUCUUUUGUGACACUCCAAGCAAUACGGCACAACAAAUUGAAUCAUUCUUUCGAAUGGCUCUUUGCAAUACUUGUUUCAGUUGCUGCUGCGACAAUACUGCUUUUAGGAUGGCUAGCGAACACAAAAGCUAAACUUGGUGUUUACAAAGUUGCCAAAUUUGGAUUUGUAUUGUUGUUUCUAGCAACAUUUAUUACCAGCGUUGCUACAUUAUUCCUUGAGUAUGAUUUUACGAAAAAUCAGUACAUCACUAACAUCUUUAUUUGUUCGAUUCAAGUUUUGUAUAUAGUAGGAGCUGGAGCUUCAAUCGUUUCAACGCUACAUCUUGGUUUGGAUCAGAUGCCUGAUGCUUCAUCUUCAAGUAUCACAAGUUUUGUUGCCUGGUUAGUUUUUAACUUUUCUGUUAGUAAAUGGAUUAUUGAAAUUCUGUUUAACAACUACUUGAAGUGCUUAAUGAACGAUAAUGGUCAGUAUCCUGCUAAUACAAUUCAGCUUUGGAGUUUGUUCCCAGUUUCAUGCAUGAGUAUUGUUAUUGUCACAGAUUUUCUCUUUGCUAAAAAGUGGCUGAUUAUUCUGCCAAAGUCAUCCCAUACACUAAGAAUUGCAUAUCAAGUUCUCAAGUUUGCAGCCAAGCACAAGGCUCCCCUCAAUCGCAGUGCUCUCACAUACUGGGAGGAAGACAUACCUUCAAGAAUGGACCUGGGAAAGUUGAGAUAUGGUGGACCAUUCACUACAGAGCAAGUUGAAGAUGUAAAGACAGUUCUACGCCUACUUGUUAUUAGUCUGCCACUGUGGGUGCUCUCACUUAGUGUUUCAUAUGGCCCCGUCUCUUACAAAGUGCCCUUAAUAACUGAAGUGUUCCCCAAUUCGACCUCUUGCAGCAGUUAUAAACUUUUUGCAUUUACAUACAAGAGUGAAUGGUGGGCAUUGAUUACUGCUGUACUGAAUGAGUUUGUCAUUUAUCCACUAUUAAAAGAUAAGUUGCCUAGUAUUCUGAAAAGGAUUGGUAUGGUUGCCAUCAUCAGUUUCGUUCUAAGUGUGAUUUUCCUGAUUUUGACGCUAGUUCAUCACUUCUUUAACAAUGAAAAACCCUUGUGGGUAGUAAGUGUUUCGUUUUAUGCAUCAAGAGGGGUACUAUACUACCUUCUUUUUUGUGCAGUUCUGGAGUUAGUUUGUGCUCAGGCUCCAUAUAACAUGAAAGGAUUUUUCACUGGCUAUUUCACAGGCCUUAUUAUCACAUCAUUUGGCUUAGGAUCCUCUUCCACUGGCCAUCCUUCUCAUAUAUAUUGCUCUGAUUGUAUUUUAUUCGGAGUAAAAAGUUGCGUGAGCCUGUUUGGAUUCGUCCUGUACUGCCUCCUGGCUCACUGGUACAAGAAGAGAGUUAGAGAUGAGGAAUACAAUGCACAAACUGUUGUGGAGGAGGUCUAUGAUAGAUAUCUUAAUCCAAGCAUUACUAAUUAAAAUUAAUGAUAACUAUGUUUUCAUGGUGCGCAUGACAAGGAAAAUUGAAAUGACUUGAAACUUG